UAUUACGCAUUGAUUACAUUAGACACCAGAUAAACACUUGAUACAAUACAUUGGGUAAAACGUAGUGGUUAUAUACUCUUUGACGUUGGGUCGUUGGCUGUGAAAGUGGACUUACAGUGUUUAACCGCGGAAUAAAUAUAAGAAAAAUAUCGUUGCAUUAAUUAGAAUCCAUAUAACAACGAAAAUAUUAUUCGCCUCACCGCGAAUUCAUUAUCGCCAUGUCAACAAAAUUAUGAGUUAACCGCUAAGAGCAGGAGUCACAAUGUCCCUCCAGCGUGACAGUAUGGGCAUGAUGCCCAAUGCAGGUGUGGGGGCCUCCGACCCCCGAUCUCAGCUGCACCAGGAGAUGAGGGAGCAGAACUUUGAUCUUAUCAGAUUUGCAUCUUACCGAACAGCUUGCAAACUCCGUUAUGUCCAGAAGAAGUGUAACUUACACGUAAUAGACAUAUGGAAUGUAAUAGAAGCGUUCAGAGAGAAUGCUCUGAACACUCUUGAGCCCAAUGCCUGUGUGAACGUCACUAGGCUGGAGACGCUGGUGUCCUCGCUGUACCAUAAUCUGAACAAGCGGUUGCCGCCAGCGCAUCAGGUGUCGGUGGAGGCGUGCUCCGCGUUGCUACUAAAUUGGUUGCUGUCUGCUUAUAGCACUGGUGAGAAUGUUGGCAAAAUAAGAGUGUUCUCAAUAAAAGUCGCAUUGGCUACGAUGUGUGCAGGAAAGCUAAUGGAUAAAUUACGAUAUAUCUUCUCCCAAUUAUCCGACGGCAACGGCCACCUAUUGAUGAAGAGGCUAUCUGACUACCUAAGAGAAGUUCUGGCUCUGCCGGCGGCCGUGUACGAAUCCCCGUCGUUCAGUUAUGACGACUCACUGGCCCUGUCUAUAUUCAACCAGAACGGCAAGAUAACAGUGAACGAUUUCCUGGAUACUUUGAUGUCCGAUUCCGGUCCGCCUUGUCUAGUAUGGCUGCCCCUACUUCAUAGACUGGCAAGCGUUGAAAAUGUGGUCCACCCGCUGGCCUGCUCCGCGUGCCGCCUAAGCGCAUUAACCGGUUUCCGCUACCGCUGCGCGCGCUGUGCCAACUACACACUUUGCCAGGACUGCUUCUGGCGCGGCAGAGUCUCCCAGGGCCACACCAAUGAGCACGAGGUCAAGGAAUACUCGCACUAUAAAUCUCCAUCAAAGCAAAUCGGAGCAACGCUGCGCAAGUCAUUUCGAUGUGUACCGGAACGGGCUCGAACCCAGGUCCCGCGCUACCCUGACCGCCCUGAGCGCACACUCAACCUCAGUCAUAUCGUACCACCCUCCCCGGUACCGGCACACAACGGCUUUCCAGAAUACGCACCAGGAUACGUCAAUACGGGUUCGUUGGAUUCCCGAUCGUCGAGGUCUACUCAUCGCAGCAUAGCAGAGCAUUUGUCGCGUGGAGUAGACGACGAACACCGUCUGAUCGCGCGAUACGCCGCGCGAUUGGCGCAUGAAAAUCGCACUAUGCCGCGAGCGGGACGGUCAGCAUCACUCACUCCAGAACUGGGUCGAUCAUCAUCCGAGGGAUCAGAGGUGGACGCGGCGAGGCAGCAGCGGGAACUCAUCUCGCAGCUCGAAGCCAAGAAUAGAGAGAUUAUGAGAGAAAUCGCGAGACUCAGACGCCAACAAGAAGCCGAAGCGUCAGCUAGUGGGUCAGGUUCCGCCCCUCCGCUGGUGUCUGAACUGAGGGCCCUUCGACAAAGGAAAGACGAGCUGGAAGGGCACUUGUCCUCGCUGCAGGACUCCCGGAAACACCUCAUGCAGCAGCUCGAGGGGCUCAUGAGGAUGCUCAAGACGCAGCAGUCCUCGCCUCGCUCGACCCCCAACUCUUCACCCCGCUCGACCAAGAGCCCGCCGCUGCCGGGCUCCCAGCCUCAGCCUACAGCACCGGAAAGGGAGACAAGUAGCCGUGGAACGGUGCGCAGCGCGCCGCAAACACCAUCUCUCGGCGAGCGGGAACGCAUCGACAUGACGCACAGUCUUGGAGGCAUGGAAAGUAUGGGAGGCGACGGUAGGAAUUUUCAUCAAAACCAAAGACCAACUACCAUGGGCAUAGAUAACAGAAGCCUGCGGAGCGACCUACUGUACGCGGCGGACUCUGUCACCAACGCCAUGUCAACGCUUGUUCGCGAACUCAACUCUGAGGGCUCCGAUACUGAAGACACUAUCAAAGGGGCCGUUGGACCGAGAAAGCUGAGAGAUUUUGAAGAGGACGACGACAGCGACGAACCGAUGCCGCGGCCGCAGCCGCCACGUCAUUACCUGCACGAUAACAAUGUGCAGAGCAUGGCAGCUAGCGUAGAGACACAAUCUUAAGUUUUUUGCCAGUCUAUGAUCAGGACACCCCUCCACCUCUCCCUGCACGCACCGGCCACUACUACCCAAGGACAUAGUGUAACUAAUUACAUUUACCGUAAACGUUGACAUUUAAAACCAAAGCUUCAACAGUUCUCGAGCUUUUUGACUCCUAUCUGGUUUUUUUUAAUGACCUGGCGAAACAUUAAAGAAAUAUCGGUUUAUCGCUCUGGCCGUCAUAUCGCGAUCGAUGUAGGGCUACCAGAUCCGUUAUCAGGUUUAAAAAAUAUCGGUUUAUCGCUCUUGGCGUGGCCUCUUUUCAGAUCGCGAUCGAUGUAGGGCUACCAGAUCCGUUUUCAGGUUUAUAAGAUAUCGGUUUAUCGCUCUUGCCGUGGGCUCUUUUCCGAUAGAAAUCCAUGUAGGGCUACCAGAUCCGAUUUCAGGUUUUUCGAGAGCAUAAUAAUAUUAUUGAAAAUGGGACUCCGUGUUCAAAUUCAUCCUGGACACAAAUAUAUAUUUGUGGCUUUCCAUCAGAGAAGAGUCUUUAUGCUUCAUGUGCAUAAGGAAAGUUUCCAUCAGAGAAGGGUCCUUGUGCACAUGAAUCAUAAGGACCCUUCUAUGGUGGAAAGCCACAUUUAAACUACAUAGAUGUAUUUUUUGUAAAUUGAAUCAAUUUUAUAUUAACUUUAUAUUUUUACGCAUACGCAUUUUAACUAUUUCAGUGCUUAAUAUUGUCUUCGGUUACCGCGAUAGUUACUCAUGAAAUAAAACUAUGAAAACGGAUUAUAUCGCGUAUAUUGAAUUAUAAAUCGAACGUCGUAUUGAACGUCGGGAUGUAUUAUAAAUUCAAUAUACGCGAUAUAAUCCGUUUUCAUAGUUUUAUUUCAGUGCUAUUAAUGUGUUGUACUCCAAACUAGUUCAUACGUAUGAACUAAAAAGUAGCAAAUAAAGUACCCACCCACACACAAACUAGAUUUUGUCAAACGAUUAAGGCGGUUCCCUGAGAAGGCGAAAAAUCUCCUUGUAUGAUCAUGUUUUUCUAAGAGACGUUGAUAUUCGUAGACGUGGAAAAAUAUAUGUAGUUCCUGAGGGACACACUUAUCCCACGUACGCAACGUAUGCAACGCAUUAUGACAAUCUGAACCUUAAAAGUUGUAUGCUUAGAAAUAUACUUGUCAUGCGUUGCGUUGCGUAUGACAAGUAUGUUUCUAAGCAUACAAAUUUCAGGGUUCAUGUCAUAAUGCAUUGCAUGCGUUGUGUACGUGGGAUAAAUGUUUCCGAGCUUUAGUCGCUU